CCCGGCCACGGGGAGCUGCUGGCUGCCGGGGCUUCUUUCAGUGCUGCUCCAGGUCCUGGGCAGGGAAACACCGAGCGAAGAUCAGCCCAGCCGGCAACCGCUCCGUCCCUGGGGCCGUCAAUGGCCCUGAUUCAGAGGGCGGCGCAGCCCCGACAGCGUCGUACUCGGCAGCCUCCCUCUGAGCGGCUUGAGUGAAUGAGGGAGCGAUGGGCAACACGGCGCACAAGAGCUUGGCAGAAACCAGUCAUCAGGUCCGCCCAGUAUCCCACAGGCCUUACUAUACCCUGCCCAAUGGUAACCAUGAGAGGCGAUCUGUCCUCACCAUUACUGAGCCUCCACGAUUCCAUUUCCAGGCCAAAGGAAAAAACAUCCGCCUGGAUGCCUAUUCUCGGAAGGCCAUCCGAAGGAACAGUUUCUGCAAUGGCAUCACUUUCACUAAUCGUCCUAUUCACCUCUAUGAGAAAGUGCGUCUGAAGCUGGUGUCUGUGCACCAUGGCUGGAGUGGGGCAUUGCGUUUUGGCUUCACCACUCACGAUCCAGCACAGAUGAAUGCCGAUGACAUACCGAAGUAUGCCUGUCCGGACCUGGUAACCCGACCAGGCUUCUGGGCUAAAGCUCUGCCAGAGAGGUUUGCACUAAGGGACAAUGUCCUGGCAUUCUGGGUUGAUCGCCAUGGGAGAGUUUUCUAUAGCAUUAAUGAUGAAGAGCCAAUUCUGUUUCAUUGUGGCAUCAAAGUCUCUGGUCCUCUCUGGGCGCUGAUAGAUGUCUAUGGAAUCACCCAUGAAGUACAAAUACUAGAUAGCAUGUUUGCUGAGACCAUGACCUCCACCCGUCUGAGCAACGCACGCCUCAGCACUUGCCUUCCUCAGAGCAACCACGAUUCAGCCAAUUUUAACAACAAUGAGCUGGAGAACAAUCAGGUGGUUGCCAAAAUUGCAAAUCUGAAUUUGAGCCGUAUGCCUGGGCUGCCCACAGAUAACCAUACGAUCCCCUGCUGCCCAAGCAGGAGGCAGCUUGCUCAAGUUGUGCCUGCCUUUCUAGACACAGAUCUUCAUUUCCACCCUACUCGUGGGCCUGAUAUUAACUUUUCUCAGGAUCGUAUGUCUGCCUGCACCAACUGGCAAGAAAGCAGCAGGACUUUGGUGUUUUCUGACCGACCUUUGCACAUUGGUGAAAGCCUGUUUGUGGAAGUGGGACACCUGGGCUUGCCAUAUUAUGGGGCCCUCACGUUUGGUAUUACUUCCUGUGAUCCUGGUACUUUACGGACAAAUGAUCUCCCAGCAGACCCAGAUUUUCUUCUGGAUCGCAAGGAGUACUGGGUGGUUUGCCGAGGCUUCCCAGUCCUCAACAAUGGUGACAUCCUCAACUUUGUGGUUUUGCCAAAUGGAGAAGUGCAUCAUGGAAUCAAUGGGAUGAGCCGUGGGAUGCUGAUGUGUGUUGAUACCUCACAAUCACUGUGGGUUUUCUUCUCAAUCCAUGGUGUAAUCAAUCAGCUCAAAAUAUUAGGCACAGUGCAAUCCAGCCCAGUGACCAUCUCCCCCUCAGGAUCCCCUGGAGGCUCACAAUAUGACAGUGACUCGGAUAUGGCGUUCAGCGUGAACCGGUCUUCAUCUGCUUCCGAGUCAUCCCUAGUGACUGCUCCAAGUUCUCCUCUGAGUCCUCCAGUGUCUCCGGUGUUCUCACCUCCAGACCCCUCAAGCAGCAAGAAUGGGGAAUGCACAGUUUGCUUUGAUAAUGAGGUGGAUGUAGUGAUCUAUACCUGUGGACAUAUGUGCCUGUGCAACACCUGUGGUCUUAAACUGAAGAAACAGCUCCAUGCCUGCUGUCCCAUCUGCCGACGGGUCAUUAAAGACAUUAUCAAAAUCUACCGUCCUUAACCUCACCUCACCCCACCCCUCAGGGCGUGAUUAAUGAGGAGCAGGAUGAAGAAUGUGGUUAGCAAUUGCCACACCUUGCUGUCCCUGCUUAUGGGUGUUGUGCUGGUCAGUGGUUGCUGAGUGACUCUUUUGUCCGUAUUUCCAUGUUUUGACCAGUAGAAACCAAUCAGGGAAAAUUAAGUGAACUGGGAACACACUGUCUUUGCAGAGGCUGAAAGUACAGCUGCAGAGCAGGAAGAGCUUUGAAAAGAUGCUGCUCCGAUGGGUAAGGGUGGGACGGGGGGGGGGAAGAUGAGUCCUAAUACAAUUGCCGUGUUGAUUCCUAAAGAAAACCAAAAAGAUCUUGUGCAGUUGUUUUCACUCCAGUACUCAGCUCACUUAUCUUGGGCGGGAUAAAAGAGAAGUCACUAGACCAGUUUUAAACAUUUGGGGUUCUUUCCUGCUAAAUCCAGGAAUGCUAAAGAUUAGUUCACUUUGUAGGCCAUUUCAAACAGGGAAGAUGAGAGUAAAUUUCAUUUACUUUCUUUUUAUUUUGGUUUGCAGGAGUGGCAGGUCAUGAAUGUUCUGUUACCUAAUUUGCUAAUUUCGAAGUAUUUUUCUUUUUCAUAAGUCAAGACUAUGAGUAGGGAUGAUCUAAUUUACCAAUUUCUCCCAAUCAAAUGUGUAAGAACAGAGAUAUUUUCAUAAAUCUGCUCUUUAGGUUUAUUGGUUUCAUUUUUGGUUUACAACAUGAACCACUCAUUUUGUGUCCAAAUGUAUGAAGUUGUGGCUCAGUUUGUGAAAUCAAGAACUAGGCAUUUUCUUGGGAAAGUGAAUCUGGAACACACAAAGAGCUAUAAAGGUUCUCUUAGGAUUUGAUUUUUCACCUCUGUGACUUGAUACUUCCAGUUUUUAUAGUGAGCAAUUAUCAAGUACUUUCUGAUCUGGAGAGUUGUGUUGAAAGCAGUAGGCCUCUGCAGGCAGAAGAGACAGUACAGUGUGAAUCUAGCCACAGUCUCACGUUGUUAGUUUGGUUUUGGCUUAGCAUGUUGUGUGAACUCAGACUACUGUGGGAUAAGCAACCAGCCAUGUGAUCCAACCAGCUUAUGGUAGAGGCUAUGAAUAGUUAUUAACCAAGCAUCUGUAAGGUGUAACACAUGAAGGUUACAGAGGAAAGUAGCUAAUGGAUAAUUUAGAAUUUCAAGCUUCCAGUGUUUUCUUAUUUAUGAUUUAUGAAUACAGUUGAUUGAUAUCUUCCUUCAUUUCUCUCCAGAGAUUUGGUCAACAAAGUAUGUAGCAAUGUCCAACUCAUAUCUUCCGCUCCAGGAAGUUGUCUGUUGUUCCACAACAGAGGCAUCUUACUGAAACUGAAAAGCUUUUCACUUGGUAUUGUUUGCGGGAAAAAGAAUUUUCAAACUAUUAGUAGGUCUGUACUUAAAAGAUAAAUGAAAUUUUGGUUAUAGCAUUAGUGCUGAAUUGUAAUCUGAAUAAUAUGUGAAGGAGAGUCAGGGAAUUACUAAAUUAGGCCCAGUUGUGGAUUCUUUUUUCCAAGAGAGCAAUCCUAUGCACUGUUCUGGAGGGUUCCAGUGUUCAGGGUCGUUGAAAAUUUAAAUUCCCUGUGAGCUAACUAGAGCCAGUUUGGUAUAGUGGUUAAGAUACCAGGCUAGAAACCGAGAGACCGUGAGUUCUAGUCCUGCCUUAGGCACAAAGCCAGCUGCGUGCCCUGGGACAGUCACUCUCUCUCAGCCCUUGGAGAGAAGCAAUGGCAAUCCACUUCUGAAAUCUUGCCAAGAAAAACUUCAGGGACUAGUCCAGGCAGUUGCCAGAAAUCAAGACUGACUUGAAAGAAUCCCCACACACACAAGAGCCAUUUUUUCCUCCUCAAAUGCUGAUGAGGUCAGCUUCUCUCUACCUCUGAUUUUGGAGGCUCCUGAGUUACUAAUCCCCAAUUGCAACCUAUCUCUUUAGUAAGCAAAAUCUGCUAUGAAGUCAUUCCAUCUUUAUGGCAGUUACUACAUUCUAAUAUAUAACUGAUGGGUUCCAAGGCUGUUUUUAAAAACUGUUUUAUGACUUGUUCCUGUGAUACCUGUACUGGAGGAGCUGAUGAAAUCUCAUAGAUACCACAUAUACUCAUUUCUUCUUGUGGCAUUGCUAGGACCAAUCUUAACUCUGAUUUAAUUUUUCCCAGACACUUAGUCAUCGUGGUACAUGAUGGCUUCCAGUAAAUGUUGCAAUACAUUUUUCUACCUGCCAUGUAAACUUGAGUAGUGAAGUUAGCAUUGCUGUGCAAUCGGUUAUUAGAAAAAAUGGUUGACACCAUUAGAUGCAAGUUUUGUAAUGAGAUAAAUAAUUAGUUGUAAAAUCACCAAUUAUACUUGCAUUCACAGGCUGCUUUCAGUAGCUUCCUAGUUCUUAUAGUAACCUGACCAUAGCUGGCUUUAAUUUCAAAUCUGCUAGCCAUGGAUGUCGCACAUGUACAUGCUAAAGCUGGAUAAUUGAGUUUGUUUCACUGUUUAGGGUGAGACAUUAUGAGUAACUUGAGCAAUUCCCAGCAAAACUUUCUAAGGAAUAAUAUUCUUCCAACUACUGAAGGCCACAGAGAGUGAUAAUAACACAGUAAUAUCCCUGGAAUUGCCUGGAUGGAACCUUAGCAUGCAUAUUUUAGCACUUUUGUUGCUGGUUGAUAGGUUUAAAUGAAAGAUGCCAGUGUAAUUCCAGGUUUCACUGCCAAUUUUUGACAGUGCGAUCCUGGAGUGAAAAAUGUGGGGGCCUAUAUGCGGAUUGUAGUUUGCUCACUCCUGCAGUAGGAGCUACAUUAAGACUUGGAGACGAAGAAACCCAUCUCUAUCAUCUUUAUCUCACUGUAAGUUUUAAUGCUUGGUGGCUCUAUUGGUGGAGGUUAACAAUAAAUCUAUGUCUGAAAGCUCAAGAGUAAUUUCACACGUUAAGAGUAUCAUUUGCUAGAAGUGGUUUUGUGAACUGUAACUUUUUACUUAUGUAAAAAACUUUCUGGCUCAACCCAGCAGCAUUAUUUUCCUUGACUUUCUGCUACUUCUUCACAAGUAUUGGUUAGAGAGUUCUUAGAGGCUUCUUUCCCAGAGAAUUUCUAAAUGUAUUUGAUCACAACUUCUGAAGAUUGCUCCUGGGCAUGUGCAAAACAUUUCAAAUUCAAAACACUCUAUUUUGAAUGUGAAUUGGUUGAUUUGAGCAUUUUGGAAGCAUCUUGAGCUCAAAACACUUCCAAAAUACUUGAAGCCCUCAGUUCCACUCCAAGAGAGCAAUUUUCACUUGGUGGGUGAUGGACUCAGACAAGGUCAAUAUGAGAUUAUUCAAAUUCAAAAUACUUUGCAGAUCCCUAAUUGUUACUACAGAUAGAGUAUUUGUUAGUAUUAUAAUGCUAUCUUGUAUUUCUAGCAUGUGUCCUAGCAAUAUGAUGGCUAUAAGGCAUAAUGAAUGUUACAGACUUCCUUCGUUCUUGCUGCUCUUAUGGGGUAGUUUCAGAAAUCAGGGUUGGUCAAGUGGCUGGAGAAUAUUAAUAGUACACAAGUCUACAUUGUGGCAGGUAUGAUAAAUCUAAGAAUGUUUCCCCAACUUGGGUGCUAUUCACAACCUCCAUUCUAUUUCUAACACUGAUGUUCUCAGCAACACAUAGCCUCCUGGUAUCUCUUUUAGAAAUGUCAUUUAGGUCUAUUUAAUCAUCAGCCAUUUACUAGAAAAUCUACCUGAGCAUUUGCUCUAAACUUCUGCACUGGAACUGAUUUACCUAAGUGAACAUGUUUCCUCCUGCCUUGGCAAUUUAUGCCUACAAUAACAGCAGAAAGCAAAAUGCUUGGUGCCAAGGCAGAAGGGGCAUAUAUCUACUUUCCCUUGGAAAAGAUUUCCCAAAAGCAGCAGCAUCUGGCAGAAGCUCAGAAGCAGUGAGGCAGGUAAUGAGCUUUAACAGAAAUGCAGCUCUACUUAUUCAAGUUUCAGAAGGAAGUCUCAUACACUGACAGAUAACAUUUGGGAAGUGGAGUCUACUUAGCAAUUAGUUUUCGCUAUUGCUUCUUUUGUUUUUUUAAGUUCUGAAAAUCUGUUUGUGCCUUAUAAGAGUGUGUGUGCACUUUUUAUCCUUUUUAAUGCUACUUUAAAAUGGAGAGAAAAAAAAGAUCUUAACACAGAUGGCUGGUAGUUUUAUAGAAUUUCAUGUGUUCACCAAUAAUUAUGCUUUUUGAUAUUGGAGUGAAAAAUGUAUGUUUUCAUUGAAUUUUUGCUGGCACUCUCCUUCCCCUUUGUAUAAAAAGCUUUUUAAAAAAAAGUUUCCAGAUUUCUAAAACUUCUUGAUAUAUCUGUAGUUCAUGAUGUGAGCUGUACUUCACAUUUUAAAAUAAGCCAGAUUAAUCUCUCUGUAAUAAACUUUAAAAGCAAAUUAAUUGGGGAGGGAAGUUUGCACUUCUCUGUAUGUUAAUAUUCUCUAGCAUUGUGAUCUGUAGUGCGUGUGUGUAUAUAUUUUUUAUUAUUUUGGUCUGUUUUACAUGAAUAUAAAAUUUUACCUGUUUAUGAAACAA